GCAUGCACCCCCAGCUGGGCGAGCCCAGCCCAGCCGCGCCGCCUCCCCGGGGAGCUCCCGCCGCGCAACAGUUGCCCCCAAAUCGUGGCCGCCCCUGCCCCGCCCCGGGGGAGCCCCCUCGGCGCCGGGAGGAGGAGGAGGAGGCAGCGAGGGCGGCUCGGGGGUUGCGCGGAGCCGCCGCCGCUUUGCAGCGCUGAGCACCGGCCGUUCUCAUCGCUGCCGCCGCCCGGAGCCGGGAGAAGAAGCUUCUCGGAUCCCGGCUUCUCGGUUCCCCGCAGCGAUGGAGCGGGGCGGCGGGGCCCCGGUGCGGCCCCUCUCCGCCGGGCGCUGCUGUCCCCUCCUUCGUCUGCGGGAGCGGAGCAGCCCCGCCGCCGCGCACCGGCCCCCCUGCUAGGCUGCCGGGGGCACCGAGCCCUAUCCCGCACCCUCUGAACCCCUUGUGCAUCCUCCCAACCCCUCGUCCAUCCCUUUGUGCAUCCCCCCAACCUCCUGUGCACCCCUAACCCCCUCUCGCAUCUUCCCCACCCCUUUGUGCAUCCCCCUGUGCACUCCCAAACCCUUUGUGCAUCCCGUCCAUCCCCUUGUGCACGCCGCAUCCCCCUUGUGCUCCCCUCCCGUGGCUUCCAUCCCCAAACCCCCUUCCUUCCCUUGCAUGCAGCCCCAGAGCUGCGGGAGCUGGGGCCACACACCAUGGGCACCAAGCAGACCAAGGGUUGCCAGCCGGGCAGUGCUGCGGAGAGCCCCCCGGCCCACCACCGCAAAAAAGUACCCCCCAGGGAAAGGGGGGACUUCCUCACCUCCCUCGUGGUGAAGUCCGGCGAGAAGUUUGGGAAGGGUGGUGGCAGCAGCUUGCCCCCUUACCACCGGCGGAUCUGCAUGAUCCAGGACAUGCUGGUGCUGGUGAAGCAGGGGAAGCAGGAGGAGGCCACCGAGCUGCUGAGGCACCUGCGGCAGGAUUUAGGAAUGGAGUCCACCUCUCUGGAUGAUGUCCUCUAUCGGUACGCCAGCUUUCGAAACCUUGUGGAUCCAAUCACUCAUGACUUGAUCAUCAGCCUUGCUAGAUACAUCCACUGCCCCAAACCGGAGGGGGACUCUCUCGGGGCCAUGGAGAAGCUUUGCCGGCAGCUCACCUACCACCUCAGCCCCCACUCGCAGUGGAGACGCCAGGGCAUCAUGAAGAGGAAACCGCAGUCCUGCUUGAAAGCCGUCUUGAUGGGGAAGCCUCAGGACAACACGGUGGACUUGUCGGGCAUCCCGCUGACACUGAAAGACUUGGACCGCGUCACGUCCUACCUCCAGCACAGCUCGGAGCACAUCGACACGGUAGAGCUGUGCUUCACGGAGCUGACGGACGACAUGCUGCUGCAACUGCUGCCGGCGCUCUGCGUGCUGCCCCACCUCACCACCCUCUCCCUCAACGGCAACCGGCUCACCAAAGCCAUCCUACGGGACCUCACCGAAACCCUCAAGGACCCCAAGAAGUUCCCCAGCGUCACCUGGAUUGACCUCGGCAACAACGUGGACAUCUUCUCCUUGCCGCAGCCCUUCUUGGUCAGUCUGAAGAGACGAUGCCCAAAGCAAGGCAACUUGCCAACCAUUCUGGAGUUCGGGGAGGGGCAGGUAAGUGAUCUGGAGAGCCAGGAUGGCCUGGCCAAGAGCCAGGAGGACCUGCGAGCUGGACCAUGCAAGACUGAUAACACAGGCUCGCAGCAGACGGACAGAAUAGUCGAGGUUGGGGAGCUCCCCAACUUGGAGCGAGGUGCCGUGACGCCACAGACAUGAUGUCCAGCUCCGUGGCCAUUGGGUGGGCACGUUGAGCAAGGAUGACUUAAAACUGAGACCUGAGUGUCAGAGUUCUCGGCAAAGGGUUAAUUCACACAGUGGGAUGCUUGGGGAUCCGGACUGCUGCCUUCCUCCCGUACAACAAAUGUCAACUGUUUCACAGAACACAUAAAGGUGAUGGUGUUGAAUACUCGUGUUUUAUGAAAGCUGGCCAGGUGUUUUUGAACAUUAGUGAUGUGCUAUGCUUUUUAACCUCCCAAAAAUGCAUCUCCAAGGUGAUGUGAUAUAAGGCCCUGAGAAAAAGCACAAAAGGGGAGAAGAAGGUGCCCUGACUUCGCAGGAAAGGGCUCCCCAUCCUUAGCACUGGAUCUAGCCAGACCCCAGCUGCUCUCCCACGCUCAAUGGACAGACAGCAGUCACCCCAAAGCAGACUGUGCCAAGAGAAACCUUAAAUCCUUUCCAAUCCUGACUUCAGGAGUUGCUGAUGAAUAGCAGCCUGUCUGCAGAGGUACAACAACAGUCUGAUCGCACACUAACCAGGGGUGUUUCUCUUAAUAUUGUGAGCCAGCCCAAGGGGAGAGCUUUGAUUUCCCGCUGCAGAGCUAAAUCCCAGCACACUGUGUCUGGACACGGCUCUUCCCCUCCAGCCUUACCAAAAUUGGGCUGGCACUUGCACAUGUCCAGUAUUUAUUCAGAUGUAAAAUCCAGUUUACCACCAGCUGUGCUGUUGUAGUAACUCCAGAGCUUUCCAUGUGGUACCUUGAACCAGCAACACUGAGACUGCUUGGUCCAUUUUGGGGAGCAAUCUGCAAAAUCUGGAGCCAGGGCUCAGCUCAGGCUCAUUGGUCUUGCUGACAAAGGAAACCACAAUACUGAAGGUUUAUAAAAGGGUUCAUCCCUGUAUCACUGCCACUGAGAGCUGGGCAGACACAGCCAGCCAGAGAUUUAAAGCCUCAGAAAGGCUGUUGGGUCACUUGGUGGUGGCCAUCGACCCCAGACCAGAAGUGCUUUGUUUCUAAGAUGCCAGUUUGUUUUUUUCUAACAAACAUGGGUUUGAUUUUAUUCUAUUUUUGAUGGAAAAUGGAUAAUCCCAGAGCAGCAACGCUGGAAUGUGCACUUUGGCUUUUGAACCAGAAUUUCAUUUGAUCCUAAACCUGGGGGAGGGCAGGAAAGCGUGUAAAAACUUCCCCUCCCUUUCUUCAAAGGACCAAACAUGAUUCCCUUCUCUCUCUGUUCAGAGCCCUUCUCCCUCUGUUCAGAGCCCUUCUCCCUCUGUUCAGAGCCCUUCUCCCUCUGUUCAGAGCCCUUCCCCUGACCAGCUUUACAGCAUCGUUUUCCUGGCUCGCAGCAGUGACCCUCUGGCUUUGCUUGUUCUGGGUGCAGACACAGAUUUUUUGGUCAUCCCUUUGGCUCUGUUCAUUUAACAUCACCACACCAGGAAGCGUUUUCCAGAGGGUCUUCAUGCUGCCAAUGGUUGUUUCUCCUCCAUCCGCAAGUAGGUAACUUAGAAGAAACUCUGCUACUCGUUUUAAUCCAUUUGGCAGCAUUCAGUAUGAUUUGCAUGUAUCCAACCCUUUUUCCUUUUUUUUUUUUUUUAAUGCUAACUCAACAGGCAUGAAAAAAAUCUUUGCAGUGAAUAAACUGUUCUGUUUGAAAUAAAGGAGCUAUCCAUAAUCAAAAUAAAUGACAAUGUUUAAUAAAGA